CCUUAACAUGUCUACUCACCGUAGUAAAUUGAUCAACUUGUGUUUUCAGACAUUCGGUCUUAAAUCCAACAAUCUUUUGUCCAAAAAUGCCGGGUGCAGGUCAAGUGACGUUUGACAGAAAACUCUGCAUCAGUCCUGUCAGUUUUUCUGUUCGCUGCUCUUCAACUUCCUCAUUUGCGUGCAAGCGCCUCUUCCUCUUUCGUUUACUGGUGUGGAAGUUCUUCGGCGUGACGCUUCAAACAGAGUUUGGUGUGUUGAACAUCGACAGAGCAGGCGAACGUUAGUUUGCUUUCAGAUUGAGAAAAGUGGCUGCCGAGUCCUCGUGUGCGGUGGGGAAACUUGUGCAAGACGGCCCUGGUGUGGCCAUACAUGAAAUGGGUGUGACAACAAUGAAUGUAGUCUACACGAUCGUGUGUGUUCGUGUGUGAAAUGUCCGGAGACAACAGCACCCUGUCCUGGAGGAGCAUGUCUCCCACCAGCCAAUGGGGGAUCCCAGAUAUGUCUCCCACAGCAACUGUGGGAAGGACAAGUAUCUUCCCAGCAAAGAUCAUCAAAGUCUGUUUCCUCAGCAACAGUUUCAACCUUGGCAAGAACUUCAAACUGGUCCGCUGUGAUGAAGGAAUGACAGUCAGGGAUGUCAUCAGCAUUGUCCUGUCUGGUGGCUGUGUGGGUCCAGACAUAAAACACACCCUCUGUUAUGGUCUCCUCCUCAAACACCUCAAGUCGUCUGAAGUACACUGGCUGCACCCCGACCUCACCAUGUUGGAACUCACCCAGCGAUAUGAGCAGCAGCACCUGGAGGCUGAGUGGAGAUAUGACCUGAGGAUCAGAUACAUUCCAUCAGAUUUCAUGGAAAGAUUCCAAGAUGACAGAACCACCAUGCUCUACUUUUACCAGCAGAUACGAAGUGACUACAUGCUGAAGUUUGCCUCCAAAGUCAGUGAUGGGAUGGCUUUGCAGCUUGGUUGCCUGGAGAUUAGGAGAUUCUACAAGGACAUGAAUCCAAAUGGACUAGAGAAAAAAUCCAACUUUGAGCUGUUAGAAAAGGACGUGGGACUGGACUUGUUCUUUCCAAAAGAGCUGAUCAGCAGCAUGAAGCCCAAGCAGCUGCGUCGGCUGAUCCGACAGACGUUCCAGGGCUACGGCACUCUGAACCAGGAGCAGUGCAUGGCCAAGUUCUUUGGCACUCUGGCGCAGUGUUACAACUACACACAGGAGAGCUUUGCCUGCCUGCUGGUGCACGGUUGGAGCGUGACAAUAGACCUCGUCAUCGGCCCCGAAGGUAUCAGUCAGCAAACGGACAACUCGACACCCCUCCGUCUGGCCACGUUCUCCCAGGUGAGCAGCAUCACCUGCUCGACAGAGAGCCACGGCCGAGCUCUGCUCAACGUUUAUAUCGUGGGAACCAAGCAGCCGCUCUCUGUGAGCACGGCCUCUCUGGCCGUAGCAGAAAACAUGGCUGACCUCAUUGACGGCUACUGCCGGCUGGAGGGCGUGUCCGAGGGCUCGCUGAUUAGCAGACCUAGCAAAGUGAGAAUGAAGCUGCCUGACAUUCCAAAACACGAUGAUUCCCCUCGACCCAGUAGAGGUUCGGACAUUUAUGCUGAGAUUCCUGAGAACACGCUGGAGCCGUGUAUCGACUCAGAGAAGCAUAGGAUCUCCCGAGCUGACGUCAUGGUGGGCGGGAUCCUGGGCGAGGGCUUCUUUGGAGAGGUUCACAAUGGUGUUUACAAAAACCCGACAGGGGAAAGGAUCCAAGUGGCCAUAAAAACGUGCAAGGACUGCUCACCGGGCGUAAGGGAGAAAUUUCUUAGUGAAGCUGACUUGAUGAAAAAUCUGGACCACCCUCACAUUGUACGACUGAUUGGCGUCAUUGACGUCAACCCGAUAUGGAUUGUCAUGGAGCUCUAUGAGCAUGGAGAGUUGGGGAAAUAUCUGAUGGAGCAGAAGUACAUCCUGACAACAGCGACCUUAAAUCUGUACUGUCUACAAAUCUGCAAAGCCUUGGCUUACCUGGAAGGCCUCAACAUGGUGCAUAGUCUGCCGUGCUUGUGCAGAGACAUCGCGGUGAGAAACAUCCUGGUGGCAUCUCCUGACUGCGUCAAGCUUGGUGACUUUGGUCUGUCUCGUUACAUUGAUGACCAAGAGUACUACAAAGCAUCAGUUUCACGUUUGCCGAUCAAAUGGAUGGCACCGGAAUCCAUCAACUUCCGACGGUUCACUGCUGCCAGCGACGUGUGGAUGUUUGGUGUGUGUGUGUGGGAGAUCUUCUCCAUGGGCCAGCAGCCCUUCCUCUGGCUGGAGAACCGGCAAGUGAUCACCCAGCUAGAGUCCGGCGUCCGACUCCCCAAACCACUGCUGUGCCCGCCAGAUGUUUACUCCCUGCUGACCCACUGCUGGGCCUACGAGCCACAUGCCCGGCCCGGCUUUAGUCAGCUGGUCUGCUCCCUUAGGGACAUUCACACAAUGGAGCAGGCGGAUGAACCAGAACGCAUCUCAUCCAUCUCGCUACUUGACCUCGAGCACAACGAGCCGCCCCCAAAGCCUUCCAGGGUGGGCACCAUCCGGCCAUAUGUCCCACGUGUGCAGGGAAGGGACGAGCGAGAGCAAGUUGAUGACACUUUACGAAGGCAAAGAAGAGAGAUGCUGAUAGACAGACAGUGGCUGGAGCAGGAGGAACGACAACUGCAUCCUGCUGUGCGACAGGCUUCAGCUACCAAGCUUCCGGAAAAAAGUUUGGCUGACGGUCCUCCAAUAAAGCCCCCAGUGCCUCCUGACAUCACACCGUUACGUCCCACAGCUGAGCUGGACCGAUCAGGUGAUCGGGUGUACUCGGGUGUCAUGGCGAUGGUCAGGGAGGUGGUUCAGCUUAAGAAUGAAGUCAACACGCUUCCAGCCUCAGAGUAUGCCACCGCUGUCAAAGCAAUUGGCGUCACUCUCAGAGGCCUGAUUCAAAGCGUUGAUGACGUCCUGCCUGUCCUGCACGACUCAGUUACCAGCGAGAUUGUGGGCACAAAGAAGCUCCUGAACAAGGACUUAGGGGAGCUGAUCAAUAAGAUGAGACUGGCCCAGCAGAACUCAGUGACGACACUGAAGGAGGAGUGCCAGAGACAGAUGUUGGCUGCCGCACACACACUGGCACUGGACUCCAAGAACCUGCUGGACGCAGUGGACCAGGCCCGGGUCAUGGCCACCUUGCCCACAGCGACGCAGGAUGAGGACGGCCCAGGGGAGUGAGGAGGGAUGGGUACCGUUAUUUCUUAUACACGGUGUCCCAAAUGAUAUUUUUCCCUGAUUUUUCCCUGUCAUCAACCUUUUAGAGUCCAUUUUUAAUGUCCUUGAACAAACCUCCCAAUGAUAACAGUAUUCUUUUUCAAAAAUAAAAACUUCAAAUGCACUGUUCCACAUUAUUAUGCACAACCCGGUUUCAAAGCAUUUCACUGCUUGUUAAGGAGCGAAAAUGGUCAUUUGUUGAAUUUGCAGCAUAAGGAGGUCAAGCAAAUGCUAUUUCAAUCACUAACAUUUGAAUGUAACAUACUUCACCACAACUGAAGUCACAGCGUCACAAAUAGCUUUGGUUUUGUCGAGAUACUCAUCUGCCAGGGCGCGGAAGCGAAACUUAACAUCCAAAAUACCUUUUUCUUUGCCCAUUUCUGCUCAAUAUUUGUUCCCGCUUCCUCAGACUACGGUGUGGGCCAACUUUGACAGCCCUAAUAAAAAUACAUCAAGAACACAGUUGGACUCACACGGUGUACUAAUGACAUAACAAGAUGUGCGCCAUAUUUUAUGCUACCAGGGAAACAAAUGCAAAAUGCUGGCAUAAACCAAAAAACACGCUAACCAAGGAAUACAUUAACCAAGGUUCCACUGUAUAGGUUUUGUUGGGUUUUUUUGCUUUAAUAAAUCUUUCAUUAUUAUAUUAGUUGCAUGGUCGUUGUUUGCUUGUUGAUUUAUUUAGAAUUUGUUGUUUUGUGAAUUGAAAA